AACAUUUUGAAGUUGCAUACAGGCCAGCAUACGAGCACCUAUCGACUAUAUUACGGGGAUAUCCCCGAAUUACACCUUUAACCCAUCAAAAUGACGCCAUACUGUUCUUUGUUAAUGCUUUUAUGGACAUUUACUCAGCCAUUUUGUAGGUCAGAUGACAUAGCAGAUUUGGUAAAUGCAGUUGCAUCAGAGCUGGAGAAUGGCGAGGUUGAAACACUGGAUGAGGCACUUUAUGAGGGCUUUGUUCAUGGCAUGGCUCUAAAUUUCGACUAUGUUUCAAUGGGUAAAAAUGACACUUCUGCGCCUGAAGAGAAAGCUGAAGAGGUAAAGGAGGAUGUUCACAAACACAAUCUUGAGCGUGCUGAGCUGGAAGCUGAAUAUCUUACCCGACACAGGCCGCUUGAAUCUAAUGUAGUUGAUGAGAAGGAAUCCGACAUUUACUCCCUUUUCAACAUUGUGUUGCACUAUAUGAACACCAGGGGUCAGCACUGGCAUAUUGUCGAACCUAAGAGUGAGGGCCUGGAUGAUGCUAAUGAACACCAUAUGGUUUUCAUCAGUGAUGCAAAUGACGCGGAGGGCAAGCAUAUACCCAGAAACAUGAUACUUUCAGUUGGUAACAUCGCAAAGUCGAUACCUCAAAAGGGCAACAAAACGCCAAUUCUCAUGACUUGCCUAGAGACCUUCAUAGUUUCGAAAUUGUCGUACACUUUAAUGGGCAAGCUUCUCAACAGCGAUGCUCCGGUUGAUUCUAGGCUUAAAUAUAUCGAUAGAUGGAUCAAUUUGGCCCAGCAUCACUUCAUUUUAUAUCUUCCGUAUAUAACCAUUACUGCCCAGAGAUGCAUAGACUUGCUAGAGGAUAAUGGUCAAUUGAAAUCUGAUUUUGAUAACGAUCAUUAUCGUGCUCUUUUGAAUAAUGCCAAGACUAUGGUUAAGAAGCGUGACACUGAAAAUGAUUUGCAGACCUUCAUUAUGCUUGACGCUGAACUACACCCAGCACUGAUUGAACUUUGCAUUAAGCAACGUCAUAUUAUACCAUCCUUAUUAGACGAAAAGGAAAGUCAUCUAAAGAAGAUUCACAGUGUAUUGGACAAAGAGAUGUCCUGGGAGACAUUUACCAGUGCCGCCAACAUGGUUUUUUCAGACGUUGAGCGCGAAAUUUUAAAAGAUGACGACUACCUUUUGAAACCAUCGACUUGGGGUUGCGCUCUUUCUAAAAAGGAUGCUGAGGGGGCUGAAAAGACUUUAAUUGCUGCCUUUACCAAAUCGCAUGUUCAACUAAACUUAAAGGUUAGGUUAACCUUAAUAGAGCUCAACCGUAUAAUUGCUGCCUCUGCGCCUGACAAAGGCAAAUCCUUAGCAACGGCAUUAAUACAAUUUGUUGAAAAUGAGUAUGAGGCCGCCGCUGAAGAAUCUGGGAACAACAAGGAACUAUCGCAGUGUAUCGCAGAUGCAAAAGAGGUACUACAUAAUGAGGCAGAGAAGUACGAUAGUAAUGUCACCAAGUCCGAUUACACCAGUGGCAUUGCUAUAGACAUGAAGAAAUACCGCAACGAGGGUUGGAUGCCCUGUAUGUCUGCUCGCAUUUUAUCUACCAUAAAUGAUGUAUGUGCAAAGAAGCCGGAGUACUGUAAAGUUCUUUUGGAGGUGCUUCGUGAAUCUAUCGGAACUUUGGAUCCUGACAGUACAUCAGCUCUAAUUAUGGAGAACUUCCACAACGUUAUAUGCGUUUCUCUGCUCAAAAACAACACCAUAACAGCUGACGAUUUGCGUUCGUACCUAGCUAAGGAGGUACGUCACGAGUUAAAGGAGGUUAACUCCCUCAAUGGAGGGGGUAAGUCUGAACAUAAGCCUAAUGAGGAGAGUAAAGAGACUUCCUCGGAACAGAGCAAGAAUCUGCCUUCUGAUACAACCGAAAAGGAAAUCAAGGGGCACUAA